UAUCAUCGUGUUGCUUGAUCGUGUUAUUCGUUUAUAUUACUCUAAAUGCUUCUUUGACGGGGAAAGCAGGGAUUUUGCCGUAUCAAUUUGUAAAAGACAAUUGAGAUUGCUAAAAAAUUGGUUUUGAAAGACUCAUCGAUAUACAGAAUGGCUCAUAUGACGGGCGCUAACACGACUCCUUUAGGUAGACUUCACCCGGUGCUGGCGGGCAAACAAAAUGUUGAACUGGAAAAACCUGGCUAUAAACGACCUUCUGUAGACACUAAAACAGGGGAUAGAAAAAAGAAAAAGCGAAGUAGAUGGGGUACAGAGGAUAAAAAAAUGGUAAUUCCUGGCAUGCCAACAACACUGCCACCAAACUUAAAUCCAGAACAACAAAAGGCUUAUAUUUAUCAGCUGAGAAUUGAGGAAAUUAGCCGUAUGCUAAGAACAGGCGAGCUUGGUAUCCCAGAAAAUCCAGAAGACAGAUCACCAUCUCCAGAGCCCAUUUACAAUACUGAGGGAAAACGUCUUAACACAAGGGAUUUCAGAGUAAGGAAAAGGCUAGAAGAAGAACGUCAUGUAAAGAUCCAAGAAGCAUUAAAGCUAAAUCCAGACUUCAAGCCUCCAGCUGAUUACAAACCUCCCAUCAUUAAAAUACAAGAUAAAGUUAUGAUUCCUCAAGAUGAAAAUCCAGAAGUUAACUUUAUUGGCUUAUUAAUUGGACCAAGGGGGAACACAUUAAAGAACAUGGAAAAAGAGAGUAAUGCAAAGAUAAUGAUAAGAGGAAAAGGAUCUAUCAAAGAUGGAAAGGUUUGGCAAAAAGGUGGUAACAUUAACCAGCAAAACUCUGGUGAAGAUGAAGAAUUGCAUGCCUUGGUUACUGGACCAACCCAUGAAUCUGUUGCUAAAGCUGUUGCUAUGAUUCAAGACAUAUUAAAGCAAGGUAUUGAGGCACCAGAAGGGCAAAACGAUUUAAAGCGAAUGCAGUUAAGAGAGCUUGCGGCCCUGAAUGGAACAUUACGAGAAGAUGAACUGCUCAGUCGAUGUAGAAAUUGUGGUGCUGCAAACCAUCGUCACUGGGAAUGUCCAGAACAAAGGAAUGUUACAAACAGUGUAAUUUGUACAAAAUGUGGAGGAGCUGGUCAUCUAGCAAAUGAUUGUGUACAGAAGGAGGGAAUUGCACCUAUACCCAACAUACAAGUUGACAAAGCAAAGAUGGACAGUGAAUAUCUUUCUUUAAUGGCUGAACUAGGAGAAGGACCACCACCACCCCCUGUAGUUGCUGCACCACCACCUCCACCACCACCAAUAGAGGUUGCACCUCUUCCUGUUCCAGCCAAGCCACCAUUAGCAAAUCCAGCACCAGCUGCCCCUUGGAAUGCACCUAAACCAUUAAUGAGUACACCAGUACCAAGACCAAAUAUACGACCACCUGCUAAUGGGUCAGGAGGGCCACCUCAACCACCAUGGAGCAAGCAGCAAGGUCUAUUACCUCCCCCUGGUCAUCCACAUGGAAUAAAUACACCCAGGGUACCUUUCCAGUCUCCUGUUAGCAGUGUUCAGGCACCACCACCACCACCGGCCACAGGAACUCAAGCACCUCCAUGGCAGACUUCUGGAAACGUCCCUCCAUGGCAAGUAGGCCGCCCUCAAGGAUUCGCUCCACCACCACCGCCACCACCAACAUUUACACAGUUUCAACCUCCUCCCCCUCCUCCACCAACAGACAGUCCAUGGGGAAGCCAGUCAAUUAUGGCAGCACCACCGCCACCACCCCCUCCUCCUCCAUCUUCAUAACACCAAACAAGACAAUUGUCAUUUCAUUUGUAAAAACAUAUUUUUUAUAACCGUCAACCUUAAGCUGUGAUUACAAUCAACGUGUUAUGCAGUUCUAAUCGUUAGGGAUAAAUUUCCCUUGCAUCUUCACUAUGAUCCAAAUUGAGUCUGCCAAAAUAAAUGCAGCAAAUUUGGAUUCCUCUUUACAAUGCUGUAAAGGUAUCAUACCUUCUAACCUGUUCUGUUUUGUGUACUGGUAUCAUUUUUGUCUGGAAUAGUAGAACUAAAUUAUAUUGAAUUUCAUGGAUAGUGAAAAACAUGUUGUCCCAUGACACAGAAAUACAGGGCAUUCCUGGAAGCUGGAUUCCAAGGUUCUGGAUUCAAGAUUUCCAGUUGCUGUUUCUGGAUUCCAUGAAAAAUUUCACAAGGAUUCUGGAUUUCACCAUAUGGGUUUCAAAAGGCAAAGUACCAUAGCUUUUUUGUCAUCAUUGACUCACUAAUUUGGGUUCCUCAAUGGAUUCCAUUUCCAUUGUAUGCAUUCCGUAUUCGAGAAACAGCAUUUUGUUGGAUUCCAGAUGCUGUGUCAUGGGCUGAAGCCAUAGAAGAAGUACAAUUAUCRUAAUAUUACAUGAAAUAUACUUAUGUUUCUUUCUUUUGAAAAUUUGCUUUCAUUUGUGGUACCUCAUUUAUAUUUAGGCUAAAUAAAAGUUAUUUUAUAUGAUGAUUUACUUUUGCGAAUGAUAAAAACCGUAUUACAUGGUUGCUAGGUGAUAUGGAUUUCAUCUUUUGCUUCUUGUGAAAGAUCUUAUCAAUUUGUUAAGAUAAAAUCCAUAACUGUGUGUUUCCAUGUAAUAUUCUCUAUUUCUUGCACAAGUAUGUCCUUUUUGUUUUGCAGAUAAGUGUUUUUUACUGUUCUUUGUAACAACUUCUUUGUAUAUAAGAUAUUCUUAAUAUGUUGUAAUUCUGUGUACUGAAAAGAUUGAUGAAUUCAUUAGUUAUUAUAUAAAUAUCUCAUACAGUAAAUGCAAGAUGGUUUUGUUGAAGCAAAAAUUGUGAAGCAAAAUCAAAUGGUUAUUAAAGUGUAUAACGAAAACGUUAUUGACUAAUAGAAUAAUUAUAAUCAGUCUACUUCAUAACAUGUCAUAAGUUAAAAAGACACGAUGUGGCUGAUUGGUAGUUUUUUAAAAUGUCAAGGAYAAUCUUUCGGAAAUCUAUAUAUUGAACAUAUUACCUAAACUGUUCUUAAGUGUUCGUACCAUUUAUUGUCUUAACAAACAGUCCAGUGAGCCUUGAUGCAGUAACAGUCUAUGUUGUGUAACCAACUUUGAAUCAAUAAUUUCCAGUUUGUAAUAACAUGCUUUCUAGUGUCUAGCCUUCAUAUUUAACUAUAUUUAUAAAUAUUUAGUGAAUUGUGUCAGUAAUAAAUACUGUAUGCUUACCUUA